UUACGGGAGAACUUCUCGGAAACAUAAUGAUGCUAGUUUUAAGAAACAACGAUUUUGACAAAGCAUCUAUUUUGAUGGACAAAUUAGACAAAGGCCAUCAAACUAUCGUGGGACUGCCAAAGUUCGAGGCUCUGUCUUUGUUUAUCGAUCAGUGUAUCGAUAACAAGACCCCUACAAAAGCUAUUGCUUGUAUUCAGUAUUGUUUGGAUUGCGGAUUUCCAGAAGUGGAUGUUCUGGCAGCCAGGCUGAAUGAAAAACUGACUCUAGACGAAAAUCACCUCAACAAUUUGGCAAAGAUUGUGGGGGGUAUUGACACUUUUGGAAAAAUUGAAAAAAUUCUUAAACUCGAUUCAGUUCGAGGUUGAUGAAAUGACAGUAACAGAAGAAGGUUAUUUAGUCUCUGCUGGCAGAUGUUUCUAUAUGUUGUUAAAAUGAACUGAUUUUAUACUACUUCAUUUUGUUUCACAAAUACCAGCAUAUCUUCAUUUGAUAAUUCCAAUAACAAAAACUGACUAGUAUCUAUUUCCUUAAUAUGGAAUGUUGAAUAUAUUUAUUUAAUACAUAUUUCUGUUGAAGGGCCGAUUUAGAGAACCUUGUCGCUGUCUUGAUUUGUCUUAAUUUUAGUCUUAAGAAAAAGUUCAAUGUGUAUGAUUCCAAAAGAGCAUUUACCCAACAUUUCACAUCUUUGUCUUUGAAUUGUGAGUUUGAAAGUUCCCAAAUUUCUUCAGCACCAAUAUAAGAACAUGGUCGAAUGGAACCCAAAAUACCAACUGUUUUGUCUGCUACUGUGGCAGACAUCAUCAUUAGCAUUGACGACAAAAACUGAUCUAAAAAUCUUUUUAGGAAUAAAAUUAUGCUUCAAAUUGACCAGUCCUAAAAAUUCUCUCUAUUCACCAAUAGAGACUAAAAUUGAUAUGAAGACUGAAACAAGGAGUAAGAUGUCUGAAUCGCCCACAAAACACAAAUUAUCAGAACUGUCACAAUAUAUUAUAAUAUUUUCUAAUGAUUCAACUAGUUCAUUAUAUCAAAAUAAUAUUCGUGAGAUCUUCAUUUGAAAUUUUACAAUCAUGUAGUAUUUGCAUUAUUAAAAUGUACAUAAGAAAA